AGUAUUAAGUAUAGGAACCUAAAAAUAUCUAGUGUAAAAAUGAAAAGUCCAAACGGAUCAAUUGGAUCGAUUGGCAGCCUGCAAACAUCGGCGGCGCCAAGUUUGUCCGGCAGUAAGACAACAUUGAACCGACCAAAAUCAGAAGAGCCUGAAGAGCCGGAGGAGACAUUUCUCGAAAAAGCAAAAUUCUACACUUCGCUAUGCUUAGGUACAACCGCAAUUUUAUCGAUUUUUGCAUUUCUAUUUCUAAUUCCGUUCGUUGUUGAUCCCGCAAUAUCGACAAUUAUUGCCGAUUAUGAUCCCGUGCCAGUCACUUGUGUGGUUACGGAACAUAUUUAUGCGGAAGGAAUGAAAAACUGUAGCUGGAGUUCAUGUCGUGAGGGUUGCACAACUGCAGCAAUUAGAUGUCAUCAACUAUUGGUGAACUACACACGAAUACCCUUCGAAGAAUGGCAAAGCAAACCCAGGGACAUAGACACUAUCGAGUGGGACGUAAGUGAUACGAAAUUCCUGAUUAACUCUGAAGGUUGCGGAUAUCCGCCACGAGUUAAUUGCAGUGUAUUCGCAAAACAGCAUGGAUACUCGCACGUUGGUGAGCCGUUCCCAUGCUACUACAGUCGAGCUUAUCCUGAAGUUGUAAUUGGACGUUACUCUUGGGAGGAUAAUCUCAAGCAUUUAAUCCUGUCGCUGAUAAUCCCCAAUGUCAUAUUUGCUGUUUCGAUUGGUGUGCUCAGCUACUGGUAUUGUCCGUGUUGUGAUAAGGCGUGCCACAAAUCGUCUAGGGUUUAUGCUGAGAAAUUUCCAGUGAAAGAAGACAAACUUUUGUGCCGCAGUGAUGACGAAGAUGAACUGGAGUAUUAGUCAACCGAAAAAAAUGUAGUAGAAAAAUUAAUUAGAAAUUAUCAAUCUCUAACGGCGAAAUUAGUUAAUAGAAAUUUCUUUUUAAAUUUGCCAAACUUUCAAUAGUUGUAUAAAUACAUACAUGAACAGCGUAGAUAAAAGUGAACAAUUAAAUGAGAUAUUUUUCCACAUAUUUGCACGUAAUUAACAUAUUAAAAGUGAUUUUUUAUAAUUUCUUUCUUACAAGAUAAUAAUAUACAUAAUAUACAUGUACUUAAGCUUUAAAUAGUGAAUAUAAAAAGAGCAAACCAUACAUUUGUAAGGAAAUAACACUUGUAAGAUAUUUGUUAGCUUCCAAGUAGGAUUAAGCCGACGCUUUACAGCUUGCUUGUUUGCGUGAACCGGAGAACACCCUUAUUGUAAAUUUGUUAGCAGUAGAAAGAAUUAUUUCAAAAUAAGAUCUAAAUCUACUUUACUUCCUCCAAUAAUAUUAUACAAUCCGAAUAUGGUCAGGAGAAAGAUACAACUUCUGAAUCAGAGUUCGAAAUUAGAUGCAGACUUUCGCAGCUAUUUACUCUCAAUUCGAGGCUUUUCCAAUCUAUUUCCGUUGAGGUCUUGCAGUUUUAUUAUCCCUAAAGUUCCUACUUUCUCUCCACUCUGAAUGACGAGGGAUGUCAUGCUGCUUAGUAGCAUGAACUCCAUAUGAAGGAAGCAAAGUAUAAAUUUUAAGACAUUGUGAUAUAGAAUUAAAUUGAUGUCAAACUGCUACAAAUUUGUGCAGGCGAAGAUAAAUUCAAAAAGGAUUAAGCUGAUCUCAAGCACAUAAUUUCACUUCAAUAAUUAAUAGCCUUUUAACGUACUUAUAAAGAAUGAAAUGUAUUCAAUGUAAUGCAAUACUCACACGUACAUAUCUCAUAAGCAUCCAUUUUCACUAUAAUUUCAGAAUGUGACAAUACUUUCAAAAAACAUUUCAGUUGGCUUCUGUGUGUUUUUCUCGAUUUUCCGCAUUUUGAUUUCAUUUUAUCAACAAUUUACUUUAAACAGGUUUACAAGGGCAUUUUCGUAGAAAAGUGAAAUGAAAUCGCAUCAAACUGAAUCGCGACGGUGUAAGCAAAUUAAAGAUAGAAUUAGCUACACUUGAUGCUUAUAAGUUACAUAAUUAUGAGGAUUCUGUACAUACAUACAUAUGUUGUUGAAUUUGUUUGUGUUUAUCGAAAUUGAAUGGACAAUACAUCGAAACUUAGUUUUUAUAAAAAUAAAAUUACAUUUAAUCACAAGUGGAAAUGCAUUCUGUUCAAAUUUUCAUAAAAUUCGCAAAUCACAAGAACAAAAAAAAAUCUAAUGCAAUUGCAGCGAAAACUAAAUUUCGAAUAUAAUUAAAAACAAAUUUAUUUUAACAAUCUUUAGAAAAUAUAUUCCAGAGAAUACUUUCUUGCAAUUAAGAAAUACUUUGUCAAAAGAGUUCAAUAAAAACGGCUAAUGCAAUCUAU